AUGGAGGCUAGAGGGGAGGCGAUAAAUUGGGAAAACUUCAAAAAGGUAUUCCUAGAGAAAUAUUUUCCAGAUAGUGCCAGGUAUGCUAAGGAAGCUGAGUUUUUGAGACUGCAACAAGGAAAUAUGUCAGUACAAGAGUAUGUGGUCAAGUUUGAACACUUGGCUAGGUACUAUUCUCAAACUAUCUCUGAAACAUGGAGAUGUAGGAAGUUCAGUGAGGGUUUAAGGUAUGAGCUGAAAAAGACUAUUGUUCCUAUGGGGAUUGUGGAGUUCCCAGUUCUAGUUGAAAAAGCAAAAACAGUUGAGAGAUUUGAAGGAGGAAAUAGAGUGGCAAAGGGUUCAGAGGGAUCAUCUGGAUUUGGGAGGGGGAAACAUCCUCAAAAGAGACCAUCUCAAUUUCAAAUUGGAAAUGCUAAUAAGAAACUGAUGGGGACUACUACCACAAUAGUUGUUCAGAGUAUUAGAUGUUACAUCUAUGGAGGCCCAUAUAUGAUGAAGGACUGUCCUACAAAGAACUAUACGUGUUUUAAAUGUGGCAAGGUGGGUCACAUGGCUAAAGAUUGCAAUGUCAGAAAUACUCCAGCUAAAGAGAACCAGAAAGUGGAUCGGCCUACUGCAGCAGGUCGUGUUUUUGCUUUAACAGGUGCUGAAGCUGAAAUGUCAUCUGAGCUGGUAAAGGGAAAGGGCAAAGCUGAUGUUGUUUCUACCCCAGCUUCAGGGUCUGUUUUGACUUCUGAGGUGGAUGGGUUGUUGAAGGGUGGAACUCUUGGGUUUAUGAUCCUAUCUUUUAUCAGUGUAGAGAAUGAAAAGUUGUUGAAUAGUAUCGAUCUUGUUAGAGAAUUCCCAGAGGUUUUUCCAGAUGAUGUUCCAGGAUUACCACCAAAACGAGAGUUGGAGUUUAAUAUUGAUCUUAUACCAGGGGCGGGAGUUCUUUCAACCGGCGUGAGAUCAGGUGUUAUUAUGGUGGUGGUGAGUGCGAGAGCAGCAAAGAAAAUUCUAAGGAGUCGUACUGCAAGCAGAACGGCCUGUACUACUUUCAGUACGACCCGUACUGCUUGCAAAACGGGUCGUACUGAUUGUAGAACGGGUCGUUCUUCUUGCAGAACGGCCCGUUCUGGUGCCGUUCCAGACUAA